AUGGUUCAGUAUUUUGAAAUACUGACAGUGAUUCAGUUGUUCUCUCUUGGUAUUGCUGAGAGAGAAAAGAAAGAGGCUGAAGACGAGGUCCGAGGAGCCGCGUUCUCUCGCUUCAUCCUCACGAGUGUGUGGAAGAACCUGAUUGAUGUGCUGUCCAUGCCACUGACGGGCCACAUGGCGGGCAGCUCCAAGAGCCUGGCCUUCAUCCUGGGGGCAGAGGGGCUCAAAGAGCAAAGCCAGAGGGAGAGGGACACCAUCUGUCUGAGUUUAGAUGGCCUGCGUAAAGCUGCUGCACUCAGCUGUGCUUUGGGUGUGGCUGCCCACUGUGCAUCAGCUUUAGCCCAAAUGGCUGCUGCAUCCUGUGUGCAGGAGGAGAUGGACAAUAAGGAGGCGGUAGAGAUUGGAGACCCCCUCGUGCAAGUGAAGAAGCACGUUGAGCAGCGCCUGGAGCAGAUCAGCUGUCCUCAGGGAGUUUGUCUCCACACAGCUCAUGUCUUGUGUAUGGACGCCAUCCUUAAUGUGGGGUUAGAGAUGGGCAGCCAUAACCAGGACUGCUGGCCACAUGUCUUUAGGGUGACCGAGUACAUCAGCUCUCUGGAGCACACCCACUUCAGCAAUGGCUCCACGCAGCAGUCCUCCCUGACCACAAUCACCCAGCAGAACCAGCAGGUGGCCAGCAUCGACCAAGGCCCAGAACUGAACUGCGAGCCCAGCACGGAUGCUGCAGAACUCUGCCUGAGCCAGCCGGUCAUCCAACCCCUGUCCAUCCAGGAGCUGCUGAGGGGGAGCAGCAGGAUGGGGCGAGGUUUGGACCUGAAAAGCAGCAGUCUAAUGACAGAGGCCAGUGCUGCCAAGGCUGUGUGCACCCUGUCCACACAGGCUGACAGGUAG